AUGACGGACACGAAAACAUCACGCAAAAAAAAAGCGCUCGAUCUAGAUGUGAAAUUUCAAAUCGUUGCAGCUGUUGAUCUCGGACAAAAAUCAAAGAAAGACAUAGCAGCUGAGUUCGGGAUUCCCAAAUCCACUCUCAGUACCAUCUUGAAACAGAGGGAAACGAUUUUAUCAAAAUGUCAAUCUUCAGAAUUCAACACAGCUAGAAAACGAAUUCGCUCGUUCGAAUUUCAAGAUGUCGAUGAUGCUCUCUUUUUGUGGUUCAAGUCAGCACGCAAUAAAAACAUCGCCUUGAGUGGACCACUACUUAUGCAAAAAGCGGACGAACUGGCAGCCAAACUUGGCCAUGUGAAUUUUAAGGCAAACAAUGCAUGGGUAGAACGUUUUAAACAAAGACGGGGAAUUAUUUCCAAAGCUAUGCAUGGUGAAAGUGCCGCAGUAGACCAUUUGGUUGUUGAUAACUUGCUGACUUCACAACUUCCAAAUUACCUUGCCGUGUUUCAUCCAAAAGAUAUUUUCAACGCAGACGAAACAGGACUGUUCUACAAACUUGUUCCUCAAAGAACGCUUCAACUGAAAGGAGAACAGUGUCACGGCGGCAAGAAAUCAAAAGAUCGAAUAACACUGCUUGUCACUGCCAACAUGACCAGUACCGAAAAGUUAAAGUUAUUGGUGAUAGGGAAAUCGGCAAAACCCAGGUGCUUCAAGAAUGUGCGAAGUUUACCAGUGGACUACAGAUCAAACAAGAAAGCGUGGAUGACGGGAGCAUUGUUUACAGAAUGGGUGAAAGAUCUAGACAAGAGCAUGAAAAGGCAAAAAAGAAAAAUCCUUUUACUAGUCGACAACUGUCCAGCGCAUCCGAAAGUUUCCGGAUUAACCAGUAUAACACUGGCUUUUUUGCCCCCGAACACUACCUCGAAAAUCCAGCCGAUGGACCAGGGAAUAAUCGCAAACGUAAAAGUGAACUAUCGACGAGAGAUGAUGAGUGACAUCAUCAAGGCAUUCGACAGUCAACAGGAGCACUCAGUUUCCAUCUUGACGGCAAUCAACACAGCCCAUCGUGCUUGGCGUCACGUGACCUCAUCGUGUAUCGUGAACUGUUUUGCAAAGGGUGGGUUCAAAAGUGCUGCGUGUUCUGAGAGUUCUGACGACGAAGACGACAGCACCCCGUUAGCAAAUCUACAGACAGUGUGGAAUGAACUCGUGAGAGCCAUGCCAGUGCCAGAUGGUGUCACUCUGGAAGAUUAUCUCACUGCAGACGAGCGAUUUGUAAUCACCGAACAGCUGACAGAUGACGACAUCGUUUCAGAGAUUAUCGGAAAACGAGACGGCCACAGUGAUUCUGAACCAGAGGACGAUACACAGGAGCCACCCGAACAGCCAAUGCCCACAGCAGUUGAAACGCACAAGGCACUCGAGACAGUCAGACUGUUUUUUCAGAGCAAAGGAGAUAUUCGAUUGCCAGUAUUUGACAGCAUUGCGGACAUUGACUCGGCAUUAGAAGUUAUGCGUCCAACGCUAAGUAAACAAACCACGAUUAGUGAUUACGUGACGAAACGUGAUUAG